GAAGGCAGUUGGUGCAGCUUGUGUGUGAUUCCUAACGUCAUGUUGGCUGAGAGCCAGCCUGGUUUUAUUUCACUGUGUCAAAUUGUACCUCCUUAUUGAAUUCCUUUGCCAGCCUACUUUGUGAAAGAAAACAUUGGGGUUUCUUUGGCUGUUCUUGAUAAGCCUAUAAAAAAUGACAUGUUUUAGUUGCUUAUAGUUGCUGAAGUAAAGGAACCCUGCAGUCUUCCCAUGCUAUCUGUUGACAUGGAAAACAAGGAAAAUGGCUCUGUCGGUGUGAAAAAUUCCAUGGAAAAUGGGAGACCACCCGAUCCUGCAGACUGGGCUGUGAUAGAUGUCGUCAAUUAUUUCCGAACAGCGGGAUUUGAGGAGCAAGCUAGUGUUUUUCAGGAACAGGAAAUUGAUGGGAAAUCCCUGCUAUUGAUGACAAGGAAUGAUGUGUUGACAGGACUUCAGUUAAAAUUGGGGCCUGCUCUGAAAAUCUACGAAUAUCAUGUAAAACCUCUGCAGACAAAGCACUUAAAGAACAACUCUUCAUAGUACAGUCAAAUUGGGGUCUUAGACCUCAAAAAAUACAUAAUGACAUACUUUAGUUUCAUGUGAUGAAACUUUGUAAACAGAAUACAUACAUGUGUAUAUGUAAAGAAUUCCAAUCAAAUGAAACGCUAUCCUAUUGGAUAGACUAGGCAGUCCAUCGGCUGACCUGACUUCAGCCAGGAGGAGCGAGGACAAGACAUGCACGGGAUGAUUUUCCUUGUGGAGUCUGUCAGGUAGAAUAAUCCUUGACAUGAUUAGACACCCCUACCCACAAAGGCUUUGAAAUCAAAAGGGUUUUCUUCAUUUCUUCAUAGAUUGCUUUCCCAAAAUCCUUAAAAAAGGAAUGUAAUGGAAUUAGCAUCUUUUUGUUACAGACUUAGGAAGAGUAAAAACAAGAAAACUUGGGGAGGGGGAAGACAGAAAGGGAUUGCAGCGUCCUUUGAACUCCUCUGCUCCUUAGAGCUUGUGUUACUUGGAUGGAAUUGCCAACACCCUUUUUAUAGAGGGUCCUCCACUUGACCUUAUUAAGGUUUCACUGGGAUAUGCUGCAUCAUUUGAAACAAACGUGCAUCAUGGCCCCUCCAGGAGCAGAACUGUAGCUCUGCACAGAGAAACUCUGUUGUGUGCUGGGGAUAUCCAUCCAUAUUCUGCUGGCUUUCGCCAGGGAGAAUGGUAUUUUCUGCAUAGAUUUGCUUUUAAAUUGGUUCUUUGUUUCUGAAGAAAGCAUUUUUUACUUUAUGGUUUGUAUUUAUAAUAAGUUGUUUCUGAAGAAAUUUGCCAAGAGUUAUAGAUCAAAAAAACCUUGUUACUAGUACAGAAUAUUUUUAUAUAUAUUCCUCCAUGAUGGUGUAAUGUUUUUUUAAUUGUCCUAUGCUUUGUUUGAUUCCUGAUUUGAGCACUUGUUUUUAAGAACUUGAAAAAGUGGGCUUGCUACAUACAUCUCUGUUCAAAGAGACAUUUGUUCAGUCUCUGUGUGUCAAUGCCUUGUUGAACUGGUGCUUUGUGGUUGCAAUAAAGCAUUGCUUCAGUUUA